GUCAGUUGUUUGGAUCUAUCUUGUUUAUAAACAACAGAAAUUUGGUAAAAGUUUUGUAAUUUGUCUUAAAAUCAUAAGAAUUCUAGAUGUUUUAAUGAAUAAUCUCUACCGGAAAUGGAUACCGAUACGCAACCGACCCCGUCUUCAUCAGAGCUUCCCAAAACUACAGCCCCUCAGCGAACACUGAACGACUUCUGCCGCAUUUGCCUGCUCCGGAAGCAGUCGCUGCUGCCGCUGACGAGCGAACUCAACGGAACCAUGAUUCCGGAAAUGCUCUGGAAAGUGUCCGGUACAAUGCUGAAUGUCCUCGAGCAGCUUCCGCGGGUAAUUUGCGACCACUGCCUGACCAAGCUGGAUCUCGCCUACAACAUUGCCCAGGAGUUCCGCAAGCAGGAGGAAGUGCUGAGAAGUUUCUGCUGGAAAGGUGCUCUGAUCGAACAAUUGGAUGGGUUCCAGCAGACGGAGGAUGCUGUCCGAGUGCCGUACUCGGAUGGAGUGCUGAAGAAAUUGACCUUUACGCCGCAAAAGGCUACGGAACCCGCUGAGGAAACACCAAAGGAGAUCAGUGACCCGCAACAGGAGAAGGUGUCCACAGAUAAGGAAGUGACCGAAUUCAGCGGGGAGCAGUUAGACGAUAUCAUUGAAGUGGCAAGUGACGUGAUCGAAGAGGUCGCUCAGUCGGAUGAUGACUUCGAGAUGAUUGUGGAGGAAACCAGUGUCGAUGCGGAAUGUUCUCCGAAGGAAAAGAAAGACGAUCUGGUCGAUUUCAGUCAGAGCGAUGAAUCACAAGACAGAGUCUCAAUCAAAAAGGAAACCGAAGAGGAAGAUAAGAAGGUUCCGGAGGAAUCGGAGGUUUUGUCCGUGCUGGUAACCAAAGUGGAGGACGAAGAAUGGAUAGAAGAAGAGGAAAGACUAUCCGAAGAAAAAUUGGUAGACGGGAACGAAUCGGCGAGCGAGUUGGCCAUAGUAAGCUGCGAUGAAACCGGCGAUUCCCAGGAUCCCAUUUGGUUCGAUGAGGAAGGACGAGAUGACGAAGAUGAUAACAGCAAUGGCCACGAAACGAGCCAAAGUAGUGAACAACCAAAGCGUAGGAAGCGGAAAAGAAAGCAGUCGGAUAAACCGAAAAGGGUCAUCAAAAGUGAGGUCAAUGCCGAUGGUUUGUACGAGUGUAAGGUUUGCGAUCGAACGUUCAGCGUGCAGAAAACGUUUCUCAACCAUUUGCGGAACCACGAACACGUUUCGCAGGGUUCGUUCAAGUGUGGGCAGUGCAACAAGGUUUUUGGAACGAAAAAUCGUUUGCUACGACAUGAGGAUAUUCACACCCGGGAUCUGUCCUGCAAAGAGUGCGACAAAAAAUUCGCCAAUAUAUAUGAACUACGGGGGCACCUACCGUUCCACUUGAAAGGCAAAGGAAAGUGUUCGUCGUGCGAUUUCGUUUGCUACACGAGAGAACAAAUGAAACAGCACCGGCAAACGAGUGAUUGUGCAAAACUGAUCGCGGCAAAACGGCCUCCGAAGCCUGCGGUGCUUAAAGAUCCUUGUUGUCCUUACGAGGGAUGCGAUUAUAAAGCCGCAACUUAUGGUGCGAUGUAUGUGCAUAAACGUGCAAAGCACCAAUCGACGUACGAGUGUGAUAUGUGCGACAAGAAGUUCGCCUUCGCCAAUCAGCUCAAACAGCACGAAACCAUCCACACGGGCGAGAAGCCCUUCCAGUGCGAAAUCUGCUCGAAACCGUUCCGACGGUUGUUCAGCUUCAAAGAGCACAUGGCCAUCCACGAGGGCGAGCAGAAGUAUGAGUGUGCCAUUUGUGGGAAGACGUUCGCCCGACCUCGGUACCUGGCCGCACAUGUGGCAACGCAUUCGACGAAGCGUCCGUUCGAGUGCACGAUGUGCGGAUCCAACUACAAAACGAAUGGCGAACUGACGAAGCACAUCCGGGCCAAGCACGAAACGCUAGAGUAUGGGAACGGUAACGAUCUGAUCGAGGAGGAUUAUGACUACUUCGAAGACGAGAUUUAUUUGUAAGGUGACUUGGUUUGUAAUGCAGGGAAGGUCGGAAAAAGUAA